CGCUGAUUGGCCGUCCCCUGGGCAACCAAGGACGCGGUGGGCACGUGAGCCCCUCGGCCGGUAUUUAAAGGCUGCAGCUGCCAGUGCCGCCUCAGUCCGGCCAGGACGGCUACGGGGAAGCACCUGGGUUGAGAGGGAACCACAAGUGACCCAGCGUUAGACCCCACCCAAUCCACCUGGGCAAGACAACUGCGGUGCAAAGGACAAGAGAUCACUGCGGAAAAGCGAGCUCACGGAGGACAGGGGCAGAGAGAGAGAGAGGCCUGCGGAGAAGGCAAGGUUCCCCAAAGCAGGUACCUGGUGCCGUGCCGUCACGCAGACCCAGGAGGUUCUCCGGACUGUCUCAUCUGGCUUAACUUCAGGACACCACCUGUUUGCUGAUCUAGGACCCAGGCCCUCGACAACAUGGAGGACCCUCCUAACCUGGGCGACAGCUACGGUUGGGCCUCCUCUGCCUCUGUACCCGACUGGUCACCCUGCCCUCGAAGGCGCAGAGGUGACCCUGUGCACAAGCGGCGGCAGCGCUAUAGUCCCAAGGACAAGCAUGAACCCCCUAGGAGACAGCCCAAAAACCAUUAUGGUCGGGGCUCUUGGUUCCAACCGCCCCGAAUGCCCUCUUGGGCCAUGGACUGCCACUGGGGGCUCUGGGGAGGUCCCUGGCACCCCCAUCUGGCCCCAGUUCCCAAGCCCCGGAGACAGGUGCAAAUGAUUCGGGUGUGCACACUGCCCCCACUCUGCCUCUGCUGCUGUGCCUGCUGGUUCGGGCCCUGGAAUCAGGAGUGGAUGGUGGGACCCCCUGGCAGGAAGAAACGCUGGGGCCGCAGGAGCCACGGGUUGCGCCGCCAGUCUGGCCGCUCCUUCCAACGGAACCGGCCCACCGACAACAAGCUGCUUCGCCCUGCAAACCUGCGCCCGCGCCGAUGGCGUGUACCCGGCAUGCAGGCGCCACCUAACACGACCCAGUUCAUCAUGAACCAGAUCUACGAAGACAUGCGGCAGCAAGAGCAGCUGGAGCGCCAGCAGCAGGCCCAAGCCGAAGGCCAGGCCACCCUGGAGGGCUCCUCUGAACACCUAAUGCCCUUCAGCGGCAGUGAGGAAGACUCGCAAAACCUGUGGGGCUUUGUGCCUGAUCCUCUCCUUCUCAGUCCCGCCCCCGCAGAGGAAAACCAAUCUCUAAUCCCGCAGCAGGUGGAGGAAGCGAAAGAGAAAAAUGAAGAGGAGUAUGACAAGGUGGUGUAUGAUGAAAAAGAGGAGAGCCAGGAGGAGGAGGAAGAUGAAGUGGAGGAAGAGGCAGAGGAUGAAGGCGACCAGGAGAGGCAGGAGGUGGAGGAGGAUGAAGAGGAGCAGGUGGUCCAAGAGGCUGAUUAUGUGGAGGAGACGAAGGAGGAAGGGGAGGAGGAUGCAGAAAAGGUGGGGCUAGGGCGGCCGCAGGUUGUGCCUAGAGAGGAAGAAACCCCCUUGUCUCUAGAAAUGCCUUUAUCAAUCCUAGUUGGGGCUGAAGAAGAGAAUGAGAGCUUGAUAAACUAUACUUAUUUCAGCCCGGAGCAGCUAUAUCCCCAGUUGCCACAGGAAGCUGUGUUCAUGGUACCGGACAUUAACUGUUAGACAUCAGCAAAGGGGUUCAGGAACGGGAUGGAACCAAUUCGAGGCUAAAGUAGAAUAACAACUCAAUAAAAAUUGAUGAAAAACCACUGUGAAAAAAAAAUACAUAUGUAAACCCCUGCUUUGGCCAUUAAAAAAAAAGUUUAAACAUU